AUGUCCUGUGGAAAACCACAAAGUGACAGCCUGCAUAUAGGAUGGAUCGAGCAAGCCCUGGGGAGGGAGGAGGUCAACAUCGCGAGACAAGCGUUGGACCGGAACCUCCAGGAGAAAAGAAAACUACGCCGAUCACAGAAAUCCUGGAGAAGGACGAUAGAAAGAGAUGCAAGGGCUGCUGGGCUAACCUGUCUGCUUUCCUUUGAGACCAGCAAACUUUCAUCAUUUGAGACGAUGUCACUAGACGGUAUCAAAGUAACACCAGCUGACCUGACAUGCGCAGACAGUCCAGUGACCACAGCACUUCCGGCCCACGUGACUGGUCCUAUACCAUCAACAUCUCGCCAUAUCUCGUCCACUCUCCUGCCGUCGUGUGAGUUUAAAACGUUAUGUAACUACACCAGUUACCAUGACGACCACACUAACAUCAGCUGGGUGCUUGCUACACCCACAAACAAACCCAUCUUAUCAUACUGGGACCCUCAUGCUGCUGAACAAACCUCCUACGUGUACCUGGAUGUCAGACAUGGCGCCCCCAUGGGAAGUAAAGCAAUGUUGAGUGCUGAGAUAGGAAGUGACGUCACUGCCAUCAAUGUCCAGUUCCAUUACGCAAUCUCUGGUAUGGACAAGUACAGCCUGAAAGUCUAUCUCCAGUCUACACCUGGCUAUGGUCCAGGCUACACAACUAAUGACGUCGUCUUUAGUGUUGACGUCAUUAAAUCUUUUACUUGGAACACCUCAACGUUUUCAGCGUGUUUGAAUGGAAAACAUUACAUUUCUUUUGAAAGUACUAAGGUGGCUACUUUUACUGCUAUGGCCAUUGAUGGCAUUCAAAUAACUGAGGCGGAUCUAACUUGUAACACACCAUCAACCACGACCAUUUCAACAACUACCACCCCGCUAACAUCCACCCCAUCAACCACGACGACGCCGACAUCCAAGACCACGGCAACAACCAUCACAUCACCAACCACUGCAACAACAGCCAGUACAACAACAACACAAAUCAGCGUUACCACUGUACAGACCACCGCGACAAGCUUGACUACAACAACCACUGUAGCUACUCCUGCUAAAAUACCACUUGGCACAGAAACCUCCUACGUGUACCUGGAUGUCAGACACGGCGCCCCCAUGGGAAGUAAAGCAAUGUUGAGUGCUGAGAUAGGAAGUGACGUCACUGCCAUCAAUGUCCAGUUUCAUUAUGGUAUUUCUAGUACGGACAAGUACAGCCUGAAAGUCUAUGUCCAGUCUACACCAGGCUAUGGUCCAGGCUACACAACUGAUGACGUCGUCUUUAGUUUAGACAACAUCAGUGCAGCUUUUACCUGGAAAAAUGCCACGUUUUCUACCUGUGUCAAUGGCAGACGUUAUCCAACAACAACAACUACACCAACAACAACUACACCAACAACAACAACUACACCAACAACAACAACUACACCAACAACAACAACUACUACACCAACAACAACAACAACUACACCAACAACAACAACUACACCAACAACAACAACUACACCAACAACAACUACACCGACAACAACAACUACACCAACAACAACAACUACACCAACAACAACUACACCGACAACAACAACUACACCAACAACAACAACUACACCAACAACAACAACUACACCAACAACAACAACAACACCAACAACAACUACUACACCAACAACAACAACAACUACACCAACAACAACAACAACACCAACAACAACAACUACACCAACAACAACUACACCGACAACAACAACUACACCAACAACAACAACUACACCAACAACAACUACACCGACAACAACAACUACACCAACAACAACAACUACACCAACAACAACAACUACACCAACAACAACAACAACACCAACAACAACAACUACACCAACAACAACAACUACACCAACAACAACA